AUGGUCGAUGCGGCUGUGCCUGCAAAGGCUGAUAUGCUGGCAGCGGCUAGAAGAAAGCUGAAAGAUUUUGAAGCUCGGCAGAAGCUUGAUGGAUGUUCAUCCCCCGCAUCAAGUAUCAUUUCAUCAGAGCCCGGAACCGGUGCAGGUCUAAAUGGCCGGAGUAGCGUGGUUAGUGAAGAUUCAACAGCACUUCAUUUGCCUCAAUCAUCAUCCUCAGCUCAAAGUUUAUCUGCUAGGAACGGAACAAAUGCUUCUCCUUUUAUACCAAAUGGGAACGAAUGGUAUCAAGCUUAUACUCAGUUAAAGGCGCAACACGAUGAAUUGUGUGCUCAUUAUGGCCAACUUCAUUUGGCUUAUUCUCAGGUCAAUGAGAAUGGAGUUCAUGUCGAUGCUGAAAGUCAAAUUGUGCAACUUCAAAAUGCAUUGUCCGCAAUGGUUGAAGAAAAAGUUUCUUUUCAAAGUGAAUUACGACAAGCGAAUGAAAAAAUUGAAAAAUUGCGACAAUCUUUAACGUUCGCCGAAAAUUCUCUGAAUCAAAUGAGUAAAACUUCAGCGUCUGGUUCAGACUAUAUCAGUUCCGACGAAAUUCGUAAAUUGAAUGAAUCGAUUGCUCUGAAGGACAGUCUGCUCACAGCACGACAUCAGGAACUAGAAGCGGCUCGACGAGAAGUGGCGUCAGCUCAAGCAAGUUUGGUCAAUGUACAACAUGAACGUAGUGAAGCACAGGCUCGCUUGAAGAGUUUGAUUAAAGAAACAGGAUCUCAAGAAGGACGAAUUGAACAAUUGAAGAAAGAAAUUCAAAUGAAAGAUCUUUAUUUAAAGCAACUCGGAGGAUCUAGUUCUGUGAACAGCUCUCAUUUUGUCAACAAUAACCAUGAUCAUCUUCUGCAAGAGUUAGAAAACAUCAAGUCUGAAAAAGUACGUUAUCUCGCUGAAGCUGCAACUUUAAAAUCUCAUUACGCGGAUCGGGAGCACGCUCUUCAACAGAAACAAUCUGAAUUGGCUUCAGAACUUGAAAAACUCCAAACUCUUCAAUUCUCAUCCAAUGAUCAAAUUCAAUAUCUAGAACAUCAGCUUCAAAUUGCUCAAUCAGAGCUUCAGAAAAUAGGCUCAAAUGGUGUGAAUUUGCCAGAAGAAGAAGAAGUGGGAAGAAUUACAGAAGAAGACGUUACAAAACGUAUUCGUGAAGCUUGUCACGUGGAAAGAGGGAAAUGGGAAAGAAAAUUGGAAGAAGAUCAACGACGAAGGGAAGAAGAAAUUCUAGAAAAGGAUAAAGUGAUUUUCGAGCGUGAACAGUCCCUAGCUGAGCUUGAAAUGAAAUAUAGACUUCUGGAAGAAAGAACAUUAGAGUCAACCGCCAAUGGAGCAGAUCUCCUUUCACUUUCGGAACAGCUUCAGAAUGAAAAAGCUACAGUGUCACGAGCUGUCGCUCAGAAUAAGGAACUUAAGGAGCGCUUGUUGGAAACAGAAGAUAGAUUUGUUGUUCUCACCGAGGAAAAAGCAACAGUGGAAUUGGCUAAACAAUCAGCAGAGCAUCAGGUUCGCGAACUUACAAAACAACUUAAUUUGGAAGCAGCCGGUCUUGUUGGAAAUCUAUCAGAUUUUAUUGCUAGUCAGUCACAUUUGGAAGCGACAUCCGUAUCGACUGAAAAUGUGGAGACAUUACAUUAUCAACAGUGUGAUAACCAGGACUUGGAAAAUAUUAAUACCGAAUUGAAAACUACACUCGAAGCACUUAAACAAGAAAACUUCGAUAUUAGAUCUGAUCUAGACCAGAAAACUCAAGAACUACAGCAAGUUCGAGCUGAUUUAAGAAGGAGCACGACACAUAACGAGCAGAUGGACGAAAUCAUGCGACAAAACGCAGAAGAUGAAAAUCAAAACUCAAUCCAUGUAGAGCUCACACAAGCUGUAGGGAGAGUUCAAGAACUUGCAGCAGAGAAUGAACAAAUGAGAGAAGCUUUAAAUGAUGUUCGUCAACAAUUAGAGGAAGAAAGAUCCGAGAGACGAGCCGAAUCAGAAAGACAGGUGCAAGAGAAAGAUGGUUUGGACACUGUGUUGGAAGUAGUAGAAACACCGAAAGAAAUUGAAUCUCAACCGUCCCGAGAGCUACAUGAAGAUCUAUGGGCACGUAAGGAGUUAGAGAAACGCUUCGCUCGAGCAAUGAUGCAGAAUGCGGAUUUAGUCGAGACAAUUGACCGCCUAGAGCACAUUAAUCAACAACUCGAGUUGGAAAAUGACACGAUUGCAGAUCACGUUGUUCUCUAUCAGCAUCAAAGAAAAUUGGUCCGUGAGAGGCUUCGUGUGAAAGAUGAACAGUUGAAAGCAAUGGAAGAGGAAAGAACUAAAACUGUUGCGAGAUGCAAAGAACUCCAAAAUGUUCUUAUGUCCGUUCUUAACAAAGGAGGAGUGUUGAAAGAAUACGAAACAAGUUCGCUCUCCCGAAAAGCUGCUCGGCGAGUUUCCCGAAGUUACAGCCAUUCCACUGUCGAUGAGUUGAGUGGCGACGAAGAUGUUGUAAUAGAUGCUAAAAUGGAAGAAGUACCGAACAGAGAGAAAGUCCAUGGUCAUAAUGACAAAGAAAAGUUAUUAGAGACUGAAACUAAUCCGACAGUAAUUGAAGCAGGAGAGAAUCAGAAGUCAUUAGAAUCGCCUGUAGAAAAGUUGAAAGAAGGCCCAAGUUCUUCGGUUCAGCAUCAUGAUGCGUCUGUUAGACGCAUUCUAGAAAUAAUUUCGGACAUUAGCAGACCUCAGCCUCUUCCUUCUGGCCAACUGCACUGUACUCAAUGUAUAGGAGAUCUUCAAGAACUCUAA